GGUAAAAUUCUCUACAAAGUACGGUGGAAAGGAUAUACGUCUGAUGAUGAUACCUGGGAACCAGAGGUUCAUUUGGAAGACUGCAAGGAAGUGCUGCUUGAAUUCAGAAAAAAAAUUGUGGACAAUAAGCCUAAACCUAUUAAAAAAGAAAUACAGAAACUGUCUCUAAAUGAUGAUGUAUUUGAAGCAGAAUCUGACAGUGACUGGCAGAGUGAAACAAAAGAUGACAUUUCACCAAAGAAGAAAAAGAAGAAGUCAAAAGGUGGAGAGGAUAGAAGUCCAGAUGAUCUGAAGAAGAAAAAGUCUAAGUCUGCAAAACUCAAAGAAAAACCCAGGACAGAAUGUGAAAAUUCCUCAGAUACUUUGGUUUCAGAUGCAAAACCAAAAAAAAGGACUUCAGAAACCAAGGAGGAUUCAAAGGACUCAAAGAAGCAAAGGAAAGAAGAUACUAAAGAAAUCAAGAGAAAGAAGGGAGACGUUAAAGAUUUAAAAACAAAAUCUAAAGAAGAUUCUAAAGAAACUAAAAAGUCACGGAAGGAGAAGCAUGGAGAUGUUCAGUUUGACUCAGAAUCAAGUACUCUAGAUGAUGUAUUUUCUCAAGGAACUGAUAAUGAAAGUUCAGACUUAAAUUCUGAAAAUAAGGAUGAGAAGCAAAAGGUAGGAAGUGGUGAAGAGAGACUGGAACAAGAAAUUGCUGAAAGAGAUUCCAUUGCUGAUAGGCAUCUUGAUGGAUCAGCAAGUAAUGAAGAAGAUAGUAUUGAUGUUAAGGUUAAAAGAAAGAAGAAAAAAAAUCAGAAAACUGAAGAUUAUAAAGAGGAAGGUAAAAAAGUGGAAACUCAAGAUAUCUAUUUAGAUAAGAAGAGCAUGCACAAAAAGCAGAAAGGUCAAGAAAAAGUAAAAAUAGUGCCAGGAGAGUUGGAGAAGGUGUCACCUGCUCCUUCACCAGGGCAGAGGGGUUUGAAAUUGAGCGCUGAUGACAGCGGGCGCAAGUCAGCUGAUUCACCUGGGGAGGAGAAAGAAGUAAAGAAAACUGAAAUAAAAGAAAAAUCUCAAAAAAAAGAGUCUGAAAAAGAAGAAAAGAGCAGGAAAGAACAAAAGAGCCUAAAAAGCUUUAAGGACAUCAAAAGUGCAUUUGACUUGUUUAAUGUAGCUUCAGAAGAAAAAAGUGAAUAUUCUGAGAAUAACUGCAGAAGAGAAGAAUCUUCGCUAGAAUAUAAAUUCAUAGAAGAAUUAAAAUCAAAAGACAGCAAGGUGUACAAGGAGAGGAGGAACAUAAGAGAUGAAACAGACACAUGGACUUACAUUGCUGCAGAAGGUGAUCGAGAAGUAGUGGAUGUGUGUCAAAUGGAGAACUCUGAUGGCAAGCAACAAGUCUUGAGUUUAGGUAUGGACAUGCAGUUAGAAUGGCUGACACUAGAAGACUUUCAGAAGCAUCUUGAUGGAGAAGAUGAGAAUCAUGUGUCAACAGAACCGAUAUCAAGUA